AUGGAAGCUGCUCCCAUAAUUGAGUCGAAAACAAGCACUGCGUCAGAAGGUCAUAUCACCGUAGACCACGAGCAUAAAAAUUGUAAUGAUGUUGCGAAUGGUCUCCCUGACGAAAAUUCUCGGUCUAACACCGAAAUAUUGUCUUCUGGUCUUAAUUUUGAUCAAGUGGAUACUAGUAAUGAACUUAUUUCGCAACCACCACCAAAUUUUGCGUCUGCUGUGUUAAGUACAGAGUCAAAGCUGUCAGAAUCCUCAAAUUUCUCUCCUGCUAAAAAUGGUACUGAAGAACUACAUUGGAAUGACUCCAACGGUGGCCCAAAUCUCUCGUCUGAGCAACCAUCAGGUAGUUCUGAAGAGAAUCAUGGUGACAAACGUGAAUUUAUCAGCAAUUUAUUAUCGCCGUCAUUGUUACCAACGAAGGAAUCACAGUCACCGAUAUUCGCUAAUGGUCCUUUGACAUUGAUAACUGAAACAGUAUCCACAAAUAUUCAUCAACAGAACCACUUAAAUUCGGAAGAAGAGAAGAUGAAGAAUCAUAGUUCUGUGAAAAAUCAGGAAAAUAAAGCCAUUGCCAAACACGGCUUUAGUGAAUUGGCCACGGAAGAGUCGAUCUUACGGAACGGCAAGGAAAUAGAUAGUUUUAAUCAUGACCAGUCAGAGUCACUAUCGCCUGAACUAUGUGAAUCCGGACUUACCAACAUUGAGCAAGCUUCCACCCGUGAUGUUUGCGAUCCUACAGAUGUUAAAUGUCCUGAAUCCUUUUAUGCCGAAAAUAAGCUUGAGACUUCCUCUAGCUCGGAUGAUUCAAAGCUUGCUGUGUCGGUAGCACAUAAAAUGAGUGAUGGAGGAGGUGAUACGGCCUCAAAUUUUUCCUCUGAAGAAACAGAAAACGUAGACGAUAUAGUUUCCCUCCGAACGCAAGUGUUAGACUUGUCGGCAAGGUUGCUUCGGUCACAAGAACAAAUGGAAUCCCUCCUGGAAGAAAAGCAAAGGUGGCUAACGAGUAUUCGCCAGCAGUCUUCGUAUUCAAAAUCUAAGCCCUCUGUCUCCACAGAUGCUGCUGCUAUUGUUGUGAGGUUUGCCCAGUCCGAGCAGCAGAGAAUGAAAGCUGAGGCCAAAAUAAAAGAAUUAGAAGACACAGUUGCUCGCCUGAGUGCAGGAAGUACAAUCCCACCAGAAUCGACUAUCGCUACUGAACACUCGGUCCCCGUCGACGAGUUGAAUAAGGCUCUCACUGAAGCACGUGAGAAGGCGGAACACUUUAGGCACGCCUUGAAGCAAGAGGAAGCACGGGUGGGUGACCUCAGCGCCAAAUUGAAUGCCGCUCGCGAGGCACAUCGCAGUGAACAAAAACGUGCUGCUGGACAGGCCGAAACGAUAGGAAAACUCAAUCGGGAGGUUGAGUCGCUUAAACGACAACUCAAGGACGCGGACAAGCUGCGAGAACGGGAGGCCAAGCGGUUAUGCGAUGAGGUGGCUUUUCAAGAGUUGACUGACAAGUACAAAAAGGCCCUAGCCGAUAUUUCGGCUCUCCGGGAGCGUAUCUCCAAGCUUGAGGAGGUGGAGAAGUCCAAAUUGGACUUGGAAGCAAAACAUGAUGAACUUCAGAAGGCGCACGACAGCCUCCUCUCAGUUAGGGAGGAGAUGGAGCUCUGUGAGAAGCGCGAGACGCAGUUGUCUGAGUUCACUCGUCGCCUGACCGAGCGCAACGCCGGCCUACAGGCGGACUACCUGGCGACGCAGUCGCGUCUCGAGGCGAGCGAGCGCGCCGUCGCCGAGGCCAGCCAGGCUGCCCGCGAGGCCACGGCGCUCGCCCAGGCCACCGACUCGAAGCUCCGGCAGGAGCGAGCCGAGUCCGCCAAGUCCGUCGCUCUCCUCGAGGCUCGGUUGUCCGAGUUGGCUCAAUCUGAAGCGACACUUAAGGCGGAGUUGGCCAAAGAACGCGUUCAGAAAGCCGCACUCAAGAGAAAACAAAAUGCCCUCGAUCGCGAACUUGCCCGCCUGAUGGCCCAACAGAAGAAGCUUUCGCAACAAGUCACCACAGCUGAAGCAUUGCGACAGGAUGCGGCAUUGGAGAAGUCCUUUGCCGGCUCGUCACAGAGUCUCAGCACACUAAGUGAACAGUCUUUUACGCCUUUUCACAUAUCAGAUUCGCCACAUCCAAACCCAGUUCUGGGAGAUGCUCUUUUGAUAUCCCCUGGAACUGAUGGAACGACUACCUCCGCACAACAUGGAGCUCCAGGUGAAGCCAGCGAUUGUCACACUGAUGAUACCGUUCCCAUGAUCCAGACAAUUGAACCAAAUAGGGCUCUUCUUGUAAACAAAAUUGAUCGUCUCCAGCGCACAAACGUACGACUAAUGGAGAAGAUAGAUUUCCUCCACGAACAUGUCGGCCAGUUGACACUGGAGCUGCAGAAGAAAUCGCGCAUCUUGCAGCACUGCUUGGUCCACCACGACACGGAUGAAGAUGGUGGGUUGGGGGCGGCGGUGCCCUCUUCAGUUGACGCCAACAAGCGCCAGCGGAUGCGCAGAGGCGGCACUCUUAUGUCGGCCGUUUUCGCGGGAGACAGCAGCUUAGACUCCAACUGCAGCACCACUGACCUCCGCACCUCAUUACAAAUCAACCAAAAACUGCAAACCGUACUAGAGGAUACGCUUUAUAAGAACUUUACUCUUAAGGUAGGGUGUUUUUAA